GCAGUUGACAACACUGUCUGGGGAUGACGUCAACAACUCAACAAUAAUUUUCCUGUUUUCCUGGAUCUGUAAUUCAUUGAAUCAUUCAAUUAAUUUUUAAUCUAUUUCUGAACUCAAAAUAUUGCGAGCCAUUUUCAUUGCUGAGUGUUUGUUUAUUAGUGGUUUAUUAAUUAUUUUUAAUCGACUGUAUUUUGGACCUUUUUAUUCGCCAUUCAGUAGUGCUAUAGUUUAUUCAAGAAUUCAGUGAGUGUGCUAAAUAAAACCAUUUAAUCAGUCAGUCACUUCAACAUGGCUACGAAUUUACCACCCAAUACAUCAAGUGCUCCCCCUAAUCCAAACGAUCUUCCACCACCUUAUGCCACCGUGGUUGGUAAUCCUCAGUACGGCUUCGUAGCGCCACCGAGUGAGCCUUUUCCCCCUGCGGAGGGCGCGUUUCUUCAGCCAAAGCAGUUUACUGCGCCGGGGGUAUACCCUCAUCCUGUAGUGAACGUUCCGACUCAGGCGGGCGAUGUUCCUCCGCCGCCGGGUAUAUCGGUGCCUGUGGGAGUGGUGAUGCCGCCAGCUGUGGGCAGUGAGCCCACUACUGUCACUUGUUACAACUGUGGCAAAGUGGUGACCACAAGAGUUACAUACACAACCGCCUGGCACACUCACCUGGUUGCUGGAUCCAUUUGUGUGAUUACAAUGGUCUGCUCAUUGUGCUGCCUCGGACUUGUACCAUACUGCUUUGAUUCUUUCAAGGAUGCUGAACAUUACUGCCCCAACUGUAGCACAUUCAUUGGAAAAUGUAACAAAUGUUAGUUUUACUUAUGCAUAUUACUUAACACAAAUUAAAUAUCUAUCAAUUAAUACAAUAAAUGUUGUUAUUAAAGAAAAAUAUACUUAUUUUUAAGUUUUGGAUAAUAUAACUUAAAAUUUAAAUAAAAAAAUCAUGUGCUAUCAGCAAAAAAAAGAACAAUGACAAUAUAAUGUUAUGAUUAUUUUAUUCUUCAUAAAUUAAGAUAUUAUUAUGAUGUAUUGAUUUAUAGUGGAUUAGGGGCAUUUUCGAAUUGUAAAAAAUUUUGUUCAUUGGCUUGUCUACAUAAUAUAUUGAAAUGUAUAUAUUCUGAUUUUGUACAUUAAAAUAUUACUCUGGUGCCAUUUGUGAAUUCAAUUAUGAAGUUAAUGAAGUUGAGGGUUAGGGACUUAUAAUGGUAAUAUAAAUGUUUAGUUACUUUUGUAACAUUAUUUAUUACUAUCACACCAUUUUAUUUUUGUAACAUUUUUUGUAUUUUAGUGUCAAACUAAACUAUGUAUACUGGGUCCUUUUGCCUUCAAUCAAUAUCCAUAUUAUUAUAUUUUUCUUACUCUAGUCACCAAAAAUCCAGUGUGUAUUUUUUUGGAUGGUGACCCAAUAUUCCUUAGUUUUAAUGUUUAAACUAUUGUGAGUGAUUUAUUUUGUAACUAUAGAUUGGUAGGGCUAUACUCAGGUAUUUAGUCAUUGAAGGGUCCCACUAGAUUUUUAACCAUCCAGGGUCCUUUUUCCUAGGGACUCUGUCCGUUGUGCUUCACAGUUGAGACUGCGAGCUGUAUGGGCCGGUGUGAGAGUGCUUGAGGUAAGGGUAGUUUCAAUCCCAUCCAGGAGGGAACCCGGAUGGGUUUGAAACUAGUGGGGUUUAUGUCGACUAAAUAUGUGAGUAUAAUUGUAACAAUCUUUACUUAUCCCAUAGUUCUUAUGAAUAAUUUGUAUGUUUGAACUUUGCAAUGUAUUUUAUAGUUUUAAAUUAUUAUGUAUUAGUAAAUAAGACACUAUUUUUGUAUACAGGAAAUGUAGUUUUUAUAAAAAUAGCUGUAGCUGGAUGUACAUGUUCUAUCUUAUCAUUUCAGUUUCCUUAAAUUAAUGUUGCUGCUUAUAAUAAUAACUUAAUAAUAAUAUUGAGUACAUACAUAUGCUAUUAUCAAAAUGACCAUUAGUCCAUUAGUCGGCAUACAAAAUUGGGAAUCAACUUAUUGUUGGCAGCAAUUUAACAUUGGCAGUAUUAGUAUUGUCAUGUAGGUAUCUAUGCUCUUUAUAUAAAGGAUAAUAAAUUAUAUAAAUGCAUCUGAAAAAUUGGAAAUUUUAUGUAAAAAAAAAAAAAAUUUAAAAAAUUAUCAAUCUUGAUAAAUACUAAAUACUAUUGACAGUUCGUUGUACUUAUGGCAUUUAUUUUUAUUCAUUAUUUCAAUUAUUCUUAUUUGCCCACAUGUGAUUUUACUGGCCCUUUGCUCCACCUAUACUGGAAAAAGUUUUGAAAUGAUUUAACGCACAAUAUUUAAAAAUUCACAGUGACAGCCUAGUGGUUAAGGCUUCGGCCUUAGGUGGGUGAUCUGGGGUUUGAUCCUGUGUACACACUACACACCUCUAACUUUUCAGAGUUAUAUGCGUUUUAAGCACUUAAAUAAUAUGAUGAAAGGAAACACUGUAAAAGAACUUGUGUGGCCUGCAAGUUCUCCAAAAUGUUCUCAAAGGUCUGCAAAGUCUGCUAAUCCGCUCUUGUCCAGCAUGGUGGAUUAUGGCCUAAAGUCUUAUUUUGAGACUCCUCUCAGAAUAAGACUAGGCCAUAAUCCACCAUGCUAAUGCACCCAUGCUCGGCAGUGGGCUGGUGAUGGGUUGCGAAUUGCAACUUAACAAUGCAAUAGUAGGUAGGUAUAUUGUGAAAAUGAUAACUAACUUCAGAGACAUUGUAAGGAAGGUAGCCUAAGCCAUGUAACAGUUGUAUUUAUAACUUGAAAUUUAAAAAACCCCCCACACAAAAACCUCUAUAUGAAAACUAGAAAAGAGCUGAUAACUUUCAAACAGCUAACCAAUUUUCUUUGAUUAUACUAGCUAAGAACACUCCAUCAAGCCACCUUUCAAACUUGUUUAGGAGUUACGAUGCCACAGACAGAUACACAGGUCAAACUUAUAACGCCCCUCUUUUUGGGUGGGGGGUUAAAAAUAACACUUAUGAUAUGUUUUAUUCAUACAACUCUUCCACAACUUUAAUAUUAAAUUGUACCUAUUGUAAAUUAUAAAUAAAUGGCUAAAAUAUU